UUUGCAAAUCUAGGGUUUAGUGUGUGGUGUAAACCGUGUAAUACAUUUGCUUUAGUACUAGGGUUUUGUCGGUGGAGUAGAGUGGUGUGGUGUGGUGUGGGUUUGAACUUGAAGAAGCCGCAGCGACCCAUCGGCAUUACUGAUUAGAAGAAGAAGAAGAAGAUGUCAGACUUCUUCCCAGUCCUACCUAGAGAUGUGGUCAUGGAUAUCCUUGCUAGAUUACCCCUCAACACUCUCGUCCGAUGCACCUCUGUGUGCAAAUCAUGGUACUCUCUCCUCAUAAACCCUAGUUUCAUCACCAAACACCUCAACCUUAACCUCAAUCGAUCUCCGCACCUUCGAAUAGUUCGAAGCUACUCUGAUUCUAAUUCUCGAGAGCAUUAUUCAGUACGUUACGACGAUGACCAAAUUUUCCCCGAGUAUGCAAAGCCUCACUUCCCAUUGAAGAGCCAUUGUAGCCAUUAUUUUAGGAUAAUCGGUGUAUGCAAUGGCCUCAUAUGCCUCUCCGACGAUCAGUUUACGUAUGUCAAUGAACUCUUUCUCUGGAAUCCUGCCAUUCGAAAGAUGAUGCCCCUUCCACGAGUUCGUGUCACCUUUCAAUCGCAUGGUCCAUUCCAGCAUACCAUUGGCUUCGGUUUUGAUCCCCUCACCCAUGAUUACAAGGUCAUCCGGAUUGUGCAUCUCGUGUAUGAUUUCUACAACCCACCGAAGACUGAGAUUGACAUUUUCAGUCUCAGCACCGGCACUUGGCGCAACAUCAGUCAUGUCCCUUUUCCUCUUCCAGAUAUCAUCAUCAAUGAGCGGGCUCCCCAGGCUUUUCUCAAAGGGGCUGCCCAUUGGAUUGCUUCCUCUAAAUCAUCGCGUAGUUAUGCCUUCGGCUUCUUGAUCUUGUCCUUCCACAUGGCUCAUGACCAAUUUGGUCAAAUUAAGCUGCCUCAUAACAUCACUGAAGAUGCCAAUCCCUACCUCAUGGCAGGUAUUGGUUUUCGUGUUGCUAAGUUUCAAGAAUCACUCGCUCUCAUGCACCUUACUGGUACUUAUCGAGACCAUACUUGCUGCAUAUGGGUGAUGAAAGAGUAUGGCGUAGCCGAGUCUUGGACCAAACAAUUCAAUAUUGAUAUCACUGGAUCAUUCAGUAGUGUAGCUGGCUUCACAAGGAAAGGUCAACUUCUACUCCAAAAUUCUGCUGGUUACCUGGUAGCUCAUCAUCCCCAACCCGAACGAUUAACGGAUCUUUUAAUUCAUGGCUCUACAAAUUCAGCGUAUUUGCACACCUCAUUUUAUGCAGAUGCUUACACGGAGAGCCUAGUUUUACUUGGAAACAGAUUUUCUGAAACUACUGGCACUUCUCCUCAGGAAUCAUCACCUGGGGCUGAGGAUGUUAAAGGAGGGAGUGGAGCUGAGGAAAACAGGUUUGUGACUGGGGUGAAAAAUGAAAAUGAGGAAACAAGUGAAGAUGGAGGAGAACUAUAAAAAAGAGUAGAAGUUGCAUAGUGAACUCUUCCUUUGCUUUCAGUUAAUUUUACUUUGCUUACAAUAUAUAAACUAUAUAUCAAUGUAGUUAAAAACUUUCUUUGUGAAAGAUCUAACUCACUCAAGAUGCUUGUAACUCUUGGAGCAUUUAGGUUUGAUUUGAGCUUUCUUUGGGAAAGAUUUAAGUCACUCAUAAUGCUUUUGAACUCUUGGAGCAUUUGGGCUUGAUAUGCCUGUUAUUUGGAAAAUAUUGUGACUUAUCCAUUAUUGCUUAUCUUUUGAUGCCAUUACAUCUUUCUUGAUUUUGUUUUACGGUAUGAGCCACCUUAUAGUAUAUGAAUUAAGCUGUCAAGAGCAGCUUCUUUAGGUUGUGUUGCUGGAUUUCGAGAAGCAUUGAGAAGUCACUAGUUGGUGAUAUUUUGUAUGAAAUCAUAAUUCGUUUCCCUUUGGCUUGGAUGGUGCUCGCCAUGGUUAUGGUCAGCUUGUUUUCCUUGCUAGCCAGUCUUGAGUUCAAACUCGAGCUACAAUUAGCACUAUUCACCCCUAUUAUUCUGCUGCUCCUUUGACACAAUUAUGGCCUUCAUGCCACUUAUUACCAUGUUUAAGCUCCAACCAUUUCUUUUCACCUUCUCUAAUUGUAGCUCUAGUUUUCGCUUUAAUCUUAUGCCCUAUUGGAAGGCAAAACUUUAGAUCUAGCUCAUAUAGGAAGUUGCAUAACAAAUCUGAUAAUUCUAGUCAACUAGAAAAGAAUCUGGCAGUUAUACAUAGCCCACGUAAGGUCACAAAGUCAGAAGUUGGUUCUCUUCCCUUUGGAGUACUAAGUCGGUUCAGUUCUAUUUGGAGAAAUAGAGAGAUAAUUAUUUUAAAUUAAUGUACAUAUUUUAUUCUUGGGCAUUGAGUCAUGAUUGGCUGGUUUUCCAAAUUAUCCAAGUAUUGAAAUUUAAUUAUCUGUCAGUCCCAGGUCCUCUUUUCUCGUGAAUAUCCUUUCUUUGGGAAACUUUUUUGUCACUCGUGAUCCUUUUGAACUCUUGGAGCAUUUGGACUUGAUAUGCCUAAUAGAUGUUAUGCUUAAAAUAUUGUAAAUUAUCCAUUAUUGCUAUCUUUCUUUUGUUGUCAUUAUAUAUUUCUAGAUUUUGUUUUAUGGUAUGAACAACCUUAACUAUAUGAAUUAAGUUGUCAAGAGCAGCUUCUUUAGGUUGAGUUACUGGGUUUCGAGCCAAGCAUUGAGAAAUCACUAGUUGGUGAUACUUUGUACGAAAUCAUUGCUAGUUUUCCCUUUGGCUCGGAUGAUGCUCGCCAUGGUUAUAGUCGGCUUGUUUUGCUUGCUAGCCAAUCCUGAGUUCAAACUUUCCUCAGCUGUAUCUGCUAAUCAGCAUGCUUGUAAGCCUAAUGGUCAAACAAGGUUUGUUCAAGUUUGGUUCGCUUACUUAAUGAGCUCGGAAUUGUUAAUUAAAUUAUGCUCGCACUUCGCUAAUACACACUGGCAGAACUCUAACGAACUUGGAUUUGAGCUGUUUGUAAAUUGCUUGUUUCAUUUGUACCCGUUCUUACAGGCUAAAGCACCAGUUCCAUGUGCCACUGCAUAAUAGGAUUAGCACAUCUAAUUGAUGAAAAGACUAUCCUCUAGACAUCUGACAUUAUAGUAAAUUAAUUAACUUGAAUGUAUUUCAAGAGUUGUGCUAUUCACGCCUUAUUAUUGGUAUGGCCUUCAUGCCACUUUAAUUCAAGCAUGUCUAAGUAUCAACCAUUUCUUUUCGCCUGCUCUAAUUGUAGUUCUAAUUUUUAUUUUACUCUUAUGCCUUCUUGGAAGGCAAAACUUUAAAAGGAUCUAGCUCAUAGGAAGUUGCAUAACAAAUCUGAUAAUUCGAGUCAACCAGAAAAGAACCUGGCAGUUAUGGAUAGCCCAUGUAAGGUCACAGUCUUAAGUUGGUUGUCUUCUUCUUGGAGUACUAAGUUGGCUCUGUUUUAUUUGGAGAAAUAGAGUGAGAUAAUUAUUUUAAAGUAAUGAAAAUAUUUUAUUCUUGGGGCAGGGAGUCAUGCUUGGUUGGUUUGCCAAUUUAUCCAAGUACUGACAUUUAAUAAUCUGUCCUCUUUUCUUGUGAAUAUCCUCUGUUGGCCUGAUACAAAUUCGUUUUGAUGACACAAAUAAAAAUCAAUUACUUUCCAUGUCCAUGUGAAACCCACUUCUAGAAUUGCUUAUACCUUUGUGCUCUAAGUCUUCUGAUAGCUACAUAUCUUCAUUGAUAGCUCAUGCUUUUUAUAUCCUGUAAUUUGAGUUAAUACUAUCUUUGAUGUGAUGUGUUUCUUGAUGUUAUUCUGAGGUACAUCAAUCUUAUAUAUUGUUGAUUCAUGAAAUUCUAUAGUUUGUUUUUUAUCUACAUGUGGCAAAGGCUUACAAUGUAAAAAUUGAUGACUGUUGAGACUUAUGAAAUGUGGCUUGGUUGGAUGACAUGGAUCAAGGGAAGAAUUCAGAGAAAUUAUAUAUAUAUAGUGUUUUUUUUUUUUUUUUUUUUUUUUUUUCUCAUAAAUAUAUGUGUUGUUUUACUAACGAUCUCAACUCUGCUUAAAACGUAUUUUUGUAAGCAAGGUUAUAGUUCUAUUUGGCUGCUCUAUUGUUUUGGAGCAAAGUGGUAAUAUCAACUAAGCAGAAAAUAGAAUCUAAUUACCAUUGAUAUCUGUCGAGAUGCUGCUGGAUUUUCCUGUGCUGCAUGAAAUUAUUUCUCCUGAGAAAUUUGAUGUUUCCCAGAAAUGCUUGUGGAAUAGUUGUUGUGAUUGAAUACUUACAAUUGUUUGAUGUUUAGGGAAUCCCCAUCUCUAUUGAUAGAGAAACUUAUCAUGUUGAAAGCAUGCUCAUGAAGACUUCAUAUUUUUCUGGAAACAGAAAACCUGCUUCUGAAAUUGGUGGUGGUUAACUGUCUCCAGUUAUGAGAAGGGAAGUUUUCUUUUGUCUGAAAAUUUGGUUUUUGUAAACUAGUUGGUAUGUCUCUUGCGGAAAUUUGGUUUAUCUUGAGGUAGAUAGAUCUAUAUAUUUCAAAAAAUUCUCUUCAGGUUUUCACUGUGCAGUUGGAGUAUUUUGGUUACACACAUGCGCACACACGCAAUACCCAUGCCCAUGCCCAUGCCCAUGCCCAUGCCCAUACCUGGAAAAGAAAAUUAGGACUGUAUCCCUGCACCUCUGAAGAGGGAGUCAGAAUCCCAAGAUGUGGUUUUGGCACCACUUUGCCUUCUCAACUAAACCCUAGCACAGCUAUAAUCCUUUUUUGGAUGCAAUUUCUAAACAUAUAUAAUAAAAAUUUUGUGAACCAUGCAUGUGUUUGUCAUUGCUUUGCAAUGCCUGUUUCUUUGGUCUAAUGGAGGAUUUUCAUUAUAUUGGAAAUUGCAACUCUGUUCAUGAUCAAGAGUUUGGCUGAAUUGGUGAUCCUCACAUGAAAACAAAACUAGGGCACCUUGCAUAUACUCAUGUUUUAGGAACACCCUCUUUAUGAAGGUUGGUUUGGAAUUUUAUGCAUUUGGAAAGGUUCCCAUUCAAUGUGCAUGAUCUUGCCAAGAUCUCCCCCUUCCCUGGUUUUGCAAAAACUUAAAAUAACAAAAUUGUUCUACUUACAAUAUUUCAGAAUACUAAAUAUAUUUCUUUCUUUUUCUUGUUUUAGAAUCGCUAGAUAAUAUGGCUCUUUAUAUGGUGCAAAAUGUUAAAAGUUAUGCCAAAUGAAUAUUAGGACACCGCCAUUAUAAAAAAUAAUGCUAUAAAAUAGGUACCUUUUCAUUUUUUUAUUUUUUAUUUCCCCUUGAACACUAUAUUUAGAUGGGACCACUAUUGAAUUAUUCAAUUAUGCUAUUUAUACUUGAUGCAAUUAGUGUCUUGAAUUUGGCAAAUAAUUGUUGGAUUUAAAUCGUGAGAGCAAGUAUUGAGUCAUGUGGCUUGUUGGUGUCUGCCUCUGCACCGAUUAGAAGUGUCUUUUUAAGAUCCAUAAAAGAUGGAGAUUGGAAAUGGUGUAUUUCCAACCAUGUACGUGAGUACACCUUAGUUUUGUACACUCACGAGAGAAGUCGAAGGAGCUGUUGAUUUUCAGGGAAAGUCCAGUUAAUUUAAUUUUCACAUGCACAAAUAUUUACAGGUUUAUUAUAUGUUUGUGAGGAUAAUAUGUAUUUUGGCUUGUUUUCAUAUAUAAUCACACCCCUUUCAUCAUCAAUUAUUUUCUUUCCAUGUCGUCUUGUAUUUGUUUUCACUUGUUUUUUUUAUAUUAUUAUUUAAAUCCAGUUCAUAUUUCUCUUAAAGGAGAGAAAUGUAUAUAGUAAGAUUGUGACAGGAAAUAUCUCAUUUAUGGUAUUAGGUAUGGGCAUUGAAGGCCUACUGCACCUUUCACCAUCAUUUUGAUGUUCCAAGGUAAACAUCAUAUAUGUUGCAGUUGUGGUCCAGAGCUUUCAAAGAAUAUUAGUGACCUUGGACUAUAGCAUGUACUACCUGCACUGGUGGUGUCUCUCUCUCUCUCUCUCUCUCUGUAUAUGAAUGUGUAUAUGAAUGUGGAGAGGAAAACCAAAGGACAUUUUCAUUUUAGCUGCCAUUUGUCUUCAUUAAUAUUUGCUCUGGUUUGUGGGUUGCACCUAUAUUGAUUGAGGGAGUAUUGUGGGUGCUACAAUGGAUAUAACAUGUAACAAAAUUGUUUCUACACAGCAGGAGAUAUGUAGAACAAAACAAAAUAAUGGGUUGUAGAGGCAAAGCACAUCUAUGAAUAUUAUUUUAAGCAUGGAGCGGGGGUAAUAUAUGUUUCGAGGAAUUGAAUGUUUAUUUUAGGGGUCUGGCCUGGUGGUUGAGUAGUUGAAUACCAUUUCAUGAUGGUCUUCUAUGGUCAGUAGUUCAAAUGGACAUGGUCCUUGAGAAUUGUUUAAAGGAAGUUCCUCUUGUUUUUUUUAGGAGUAUUAUUAUUAAUUAGGGUCUGAAGAUGGAGAGGAUUGACAACAAGCAAUUUCUAAGCCUGGAUAAAUUUUUUUUUGGUUGUUGGCGAGAAACUCACACAUUUCAUUUGAAGACUCGAACUUUCACCAUUUACUUUGAGAAGUAGAGGAGAUACUACGGGACCACAAGACUCUUGAUAUCUAAGCCUAUAUUAAUGG